GACGUUUUGCCGCUUCUACCAAUGGGAGGAGGAACGGACUGGAGGUGGAUCGGCGUGCCUAUGUCUCUGGGUGUAAGAAGCUGCCGCUAGGCAAGGCAGCGAUGAGCGGUUCUUUGUGCUGGCUGCGCGCGGCCUCGCUGCUGCGUGGUGCCCCGCUGCGAUGGGGCGCGCGGCCCCUCAGCCAGGCCGCGGCCGGGGACGGCUCGUCCCCUGGCGGCGGUGAGGGUGGCCGAGGGUCGCGGGAGUCGGUAGAGCGGCUGGUGCGGGCGCACCCCGUGGUCGUGUUCAUGAAGGGCAACCCGGCCCAGCCUCUGUGCGGCUUCAGCAACGCCGUGGUGCAGAUCCUGCGCCUGCACGGGGUGCAGGACUUCCAGGCGUACGACGUGCUGCAGGACCCUGACCUCCGGCAAGGAAUUAAAAACUACUCCAACUGGCCUACCAUCCCUCAAGUAUACCUUAACGGUGAAUUUGUUGGUGGCUGUGACAUACUCCUCCAGAUGCAUCAGAAUGGAGACCUAGUGGAAGAGCUUAAGAAGUUAGGAAUCCGCUCUGCACUUUUGGAUGCAGAAAAAGACCAAGACAAAAAAUAAAACAAGCAAGAUAUUUCAUUUUAAAAGAUGGGACUAUAAUAAACAAAACCUUUGACAAUAACUUAUUACCAGUAAAGCCUUAUGUGUUAUCUCAAAGGAGGCAUCUUUUUGAACUGACACUAACGUUUGUUUGUCAGUAAACAAAUGGUAGCUCAUGGUACAGGUUAUUUGGUAUUUUGGUUUAAGGAUAUUCUGUUGUGAAAAUUUGAUUAUAACAUUGCACUGUAAUUCAAAUGUCUGUGGAACUGAAGUAAACAAGCAGCCUACUUCUACGUGUGUCAAUUCUUCUUGCCUGAGGCAGGAGUAAGUGAAAGAUUGUAGAAUAUUAUUUUUAUGGCUCAUCUGUGUAUAUCACUUGGCAAAUGCUUUGAUAUAUAAACCUAUGUAGAUAGUGUUUGUAGCUUUUUUGCUUCUCUUGAAAACACUAUCAAAUAACUGCUGUCAUUCUGUAUGAACACUUGAAGAUAGGACUUCUUGGGAACCUGUAAACUUGUGUAUUUAUGUUACCUGCAAAUAUGUUUCUAACAAAUUGGAGGAAAACAGUCACAUGAGUGAUCUAUGAAAUACACCUUUAUUCCUACAGCUAUAAAUAAAUACAUUAGUAAAAACAAA